UGAGCGGGCACCGGACGCAGGAGGGCAGCGCCGGGCACCAUGGACAGCAACUCGGCGGGCUGUGACAACUACACCAUGUGGGACCCCAACAUGUCCAACGUGGUCCGGGAGAGGAGCCGGGCCAACCAGAGCCAGGACUGCGGCGGGUCGGUGUCGGUGGCGUUCCCGCUGUCCAUGAUGAUCACCGGGCUGGUGGGCAAUGCCCUGGCCAUGUCCCUGAUCUACAGGUCGUACCGGCAGAAGGAGAGUAAGAGGAAGCAUUCGUUCCUCCUGUGCAUCGGAUCCCUGGCGCUCACCGACUUCACCGGGCAGCUGCUCACCAGCCCCAUCGUCAUCUCAGUCUACCUGGCCAACAGGCAGUGGGGCCGGGUGGACCCGUCCGGGCACCUGUGCCAGUUCUUCGGGUUCAGCAUGACCAUGUUCGGACUGUGCCCCCUAUUCAUCGCCAGCACCAUGGCCAACGAGAGGACCCUGGCCAUCCGAUCCCCGCACUGGUACUCCAGCCACAUGAGGAGCCGGGCCACCGUCACCGUCCUACUGGGCAUCUGGGGCGCCGGACUGGGCUUCGCCCUGCUGCCGCUGGCGGGGUUAGGGCAGUACGCCUUGCAGUGGCCGGGCACCUGGUGCUUCAUCAGCACGGACCACCAUAGCCCCGGCAACGUGGUGUUCGCGGCCACCUUCGCCACGCUGGGGCUCCUGUCACUGGCCACCACCUUCAGCUGCAACCUGGCCACCAUCAAAGCCCUGGUGAGCCGCUGCAAGGGACGGAGCUCGGCUUCCAAGACCAGCAAGCAGUGGGAGAGGAUCACGAUGGAGACCAUGUUCCAGCUGAUGGGGAUCAUGUGUGUGCUCUUUGCCUGCUGGUCGCCGCUGCUGGUGAUUAUGCUAAAAAUGAUCUUCAAUCAUACCUCAGUUGAACGCUGCAGGCCACCGUUGGCCCUGCUAAGCCCAGGGGUGCAAAAAGACUGUAACUUCUUUCUGACGGCCAUCCGCCUGGCCUCCCUCAACCAAAUACUUGACCCUUGGGUCUACCUCUUGCUGCGGCAAAUUCUGCUCCGAAAGUUUUGCCAGGUAGCGAACGCCGUGUCAAACUGCUCCACUGACGCCCACAAAGAUCAGCCUAUCAUAUUAACCACAGACGUGAAAAAGCCAGAGGGCUGACACAUAUUUAUGGAGGCCCUUUGCAUGCCGAAA